AUGUUAUUUCAAAACGUUAUACUUUCAAGUUUAGCUUUGAUACUGACAGCUUAUGCUGCGCCAAUGCCAGCUGCUGCAAGCAUUCCUAAAUUUGAAAAAUCAGAAACCGUCAGAUUAACCAAGUCUGCUUUAGAGUGGGAUUAUGCAAAUGACAAAAUCCAAGGGGUGAAUAUUGGUGGUUGGUUUGUUCUUGAAGCUUAUAUUACUCCAUCUUUAUUUGAAGUUUUUGAAGUUAAUGGUGAUCAAUCUGGUGUUCCAGUUGAUGAAUAUCAUUAUACCCAAUAUUUAGGUGCAGAAGUUGCCGAACAACGUUUACAAACUCAUUGGAACACAUGGUAUACUGAAGCAGAUUUUGCUGGCAUUGCUGCUGCUGGAUUAAAUUUCGUUCGUAUUCCAAUCGGUUAUUGGGCUUUUCAAUUAUUACCUGGUGAUCCAUAUGUUCAAGGUCAAAUUUUCUAUUUGGAACGUGCUUUAGCAUGGUGUAAUCAAUAUGGUAUAAAAGCUUGGAUUGAUUUACAUGGUGCUCCAGGUUCUCAAAAUGGUUUUGAUAACUCUGGGUUAAGAGAUGUCUUAGAUUGGCAAACUGGUGAUAAUGUUCAAGUUACUUUGAAUGUUUUAGAUGGUAUCUUUCAAAAAUAUGGUAAUGGUAAUUGGUCUGAUACUGUUAUUGGUAUUGAAUUAGUUAAUGAACCAUUAGGUCCAUCUUUAAAUAUGGGUGAAAUUGAACAAUUUUAUCUCCAAGGUUAUCAACAAUUAAGAGCAACUGGUUCAGUUACUCCAGUUAUUAUUCAUGAUGCUUUCCAACCAUUAGGUUACUGGGAUACUUUCAUGACUGUUGAAAGCGGUGAUUAUUGGAAUGUGGUUGUUGAUCAUCAUUUCUAUCAAGUUUUCGAUGUUGGUCAAUUACAAAUGACAACUGCUCAACAUAUUUCUACCGCUUGUAAUUGGGGUUGGGGUCAAAAGGCUGAAUACCAUUGGACCGUUGCUGGUGAAUGGUCAGCUGCCUUGACUGAUUGUGCUCCAUGGUUAAAUGGUGUUGGUAGAGGUUCAAGAUGGGAAGGUCAAUAUGAUAGUUCUACCUAUAUUGGUGAUUGUACUCCAUACCUUAACUUAGGUACCUGGCCAGAAUCUUACCAAGUUGCUACUAGACAAUUCAUUGAAGCUCAAUUAGAUGCUUUCCUUCAAACUGGUGGUUUCGUGUUCUGGAAUUGGAAAACUGAAAGUGCUGUCGAAUGGGAUUUUUCAAGAUUAACUGCAGCUGGUCUUUUCCCAUCUCCACUUUCUGACAGACAAUAUCCAAACCAAUGUGGUUUCUAA